AUGGUGAAAGUGGAGCCUGGGCAACAACAACAAUCGCCAUCCACUCCAUCCACACCAACCAAUUCCUCCUCCACCAAUAAUACCACAAAUAAUUCUCAUAUUGCUUCUAGUGGUCACCAUCAUCAUGUGGGUAAUAAUCAUCAUCAUCAGCACAAUAAUUUAAUCAUGAUGAAUCCGAGUUCAUCAAUUUACCCUUCCUGUUUGCCUCUUGCUAUGAAGAGCAAUUCUUCCUCUUUUAUUCCUUCCCAGACACCUCCACAUCAACAUCAACAAGGAUUCAGUCUUCCUUCCAUUCAUAAUUUGACUUCACAACAACCAUCUUCAAAAGUCAUGGUGGAUCACAUUCAUCACUAUCAACAACAACAUCCACAAUCGUGGCGUGGUAAUAAUAUGGAACCAAAACCACCUCUUCAUAGUAAUGGUGGUCAUGAUUUGAUGGAAGCCUUGUCAGCACAACCACAAACUAUUGUAAGAUAUGCACCUCCUCUUUAUCAAGCCAUUAUUCAACCAAGUAUUGAUAUUGUUCCUAUGGAUAGUUUUAUUCCUGGCUAUAUAUCUGGAUACAGAAAGACUCCACAGCAAGUAACAAUUGGGACAAGUCCUGAAAUGCAACCAUCAUCUAAUCCUUCCUCUUCCACAACAACUGGAAUUAUUGUCACAAACAGUCCUACCACGACACCAGUUAAGGUUUCUCACUGUAUUGCUGACCAAGAGUUGGUAAAGACAACACAAUCAGUAAUAGUGGCCUCCUCAUCCGUCCAACAAGCCCCUUCAUCCAAUAACUCCCAAACCCAACAACCACCCACAGAUCCAAGUCAAGCCAGAAUGGCAUAUAAGGGAAUGCCUUGUGGUGAAUGUAAAAAGAGAGGAAUACCUGAUGAAUGUGUUUAUUAUGAACCUAAGAAGAGAGGACCAAAGAUGAAGACAGCUGAAGAGGAAGCUCAAAGUAAGGAGGAAGCAAAGAAAAGAAAGGUCUCUAAGAAGAAUGAGGUUCCCUCUGCAACAGUAGUAGAUUUGGAAAGGACCAAUCUAUUGCAGUCUAACUCUCAGAUAAUUGCCUCCAGCAGCUCCAAUGCAGCAACUACCACACCAGUAAUCCCAGCCCUCUUCUCUAGAAAGGAAAUUGAUAGAAGAAAUUACAUUUUACACAUGAUCUUCCCUGAAGCAAACCUCCCUAAUGAUAUUAAGGAAAACUGUCCAGAUGAUAGCUUUAACGAAAUGUUUCGUCUCUUUUUAUCAGAUGAAUUCGUUAGCUUUUUGGUUGAGUGUAUGGAUGGUAAUAAGAGUAAGAAUCAAUUGAUGCCUUUCAUUAGAGAAAAGGUUCUCCUCUCUAUUCUCAAUAGAAUUAUGGAACCAUACUACCACGGCAUGUAUUUUUCCCUAGAGUCUCUCUUUUUGAAAUACUAUUGUCUAUUCAAGCUCUCCCCACAUGAUGAUAAUAGACCAAUCUUAUUAUUAGAAAGUGAGAAGAGUGUAAAGCAAAAUAAGAAGGAUUUCAAUAUUAUCACCAAUGACAUACAGACUAUAAUUUGUAAUCUGUGGAGUUCCUUCUUUAAUACCAUCCUCGAAUUCAAGAGUGUGAAUUCAUCCUACAAUCAACUCGUCAUUAAGAAUAUGCUUGAUCUAAUUGUGAACAAGUUAUCAGAGAAUGUUGAUAUUCAAAGUGUAUUGGAGUUACAACAUGCUCUAUUUACCAGAUACUUGUUGCUCAUUGAAAUCCAUCAACAGAUUGAGGGAUGUACAACCAAUAGUGUACAGUUCAAGAAAUUGGUGUUCAACUUUCUCAAGCUUACUUACCUCUCUGGAAUCACUACGAAAUCAGCAAAACUUGUCGAUCAAUUUGAAAAGUUUAACACGAAAUUCUUUGCCAUUCUCACUAGUCAGUACAGCUCCAUGUCACUGAAUACCAACUAUGUUAUGGCAGAAAUGGAAUGCUUUAUUCCAAGAAACUUGACAGAAUGUUUGACCUUCUUGAGCGUUAUCACAUCAGAAGGGGAGCAAGAUUUGGAAGUUCUCUUCUUGGAGUACAUGUCCAAGUUGUUGAACUUGAGUAUUUACAUGCAAGGUAUUCUCAACACUAACGAUAAGAAUCUUCAAGAAAUGAAUGCAAGCGUUGGGAAAGAUUUCUUCCACAUAGCCAAGAACCUCAAAUCUCCAAUUAUUCUUUCAAUCCUCAAUUCCCUGCAGAAUUAUCUCAUUACCUCCUUUUUUGAAAAUACUAUAUCUAUUCCAGAGUCUCCACAAUUGGAAAAUCAAUUUAAGGAACGUAUUUUAACUAGUGCCAGUCAAUUUGAACAUCAAGAUCAUUUCUACUUGAGAGCAAGUAAUUCUCUAAUUCGAGGAAAAGAUUUGUCAGAGAUGUGGAAAGAGUCAAAGAAAGUAUUUAUAAAAUAA